AAGCAACCGUUUUUGUGAGGAAUGGAUGCAGGCUUUCUUGCAUGGUGCUGAAGGGGGGAACCCUUUUCUUUUUAGACAAGUUCUGGAGAACUUUAAACUAAAGGCCAUACAAGACACUAACAAUUUGAAGAGAUUUAUCCGGCAGGCAGAAAUGAAUCAUUACGCCUUGUUUAAAUGUUACAUGUUCCUUAAGAACUGUGGUAGUGGAGACAUCCUUUUGAAGAUUGUUAAAGUGGAACAUGAAGAAAUGCCUGAGGCCAAAAGUGUGGUAGCUGUUCUGGAAGAGUUCAUGAAAGAGACACUGGUCUAAAGCGUUGAUCAUGUGUUGGGACCACUGUUUCAUGAGGUUGUAUGUUUAAGCUUCUUGUUUGAAAUUGCUGUUGCUAUUGUUGAUAGGAUUACACAUAAGGUUCUUUUUUCUUUUCAUAAUUUUUUUCUUUAACUUAAUUAAACAUACAAGUUUA